CGCUAUCACAGUUUUCUAACGUUAUUGUCUCUUCUUCUUAACUGAUUCUCCCUUCUCAAACCUUGCAUUGCCAUCCUCUCACUCUCUGUCUCUCUCAUCUCCCUCUCUCAGUGAAAUCUUUAAUCCCUGUCAGUUAGGUUUAUCUCCCCCCAUAACUUACUAGAGCACAAAUACGCAGCCUGUUAUUAUUUUAUCCACAUACAUAUAAUAAUCUACUGAUAUCACACAUAGAAACACAUUUACGUAAGUUCUUACAAUACAUACUCUUUAUAUACACACAUCUAUGGCUUGACAGUCAUUGAGAUGUAACAGUGAAACAGAUAAAGCAAAGGAUGAGACCAACGAAACAGGAGAUGGGAAACUGCACUAAAACUCAACGGAAGGAUGGGAAGUCCUCCCCUGUGCACUUCGUACCUCUAUCAUCCUCUGACCUAGGGGCAGAAAUUGUGGAGAACUGGCCGCGGCCAUUGCAGAGCUUUGCAGCGCUGCAGAGUCUUGCGGGGACUGCAUGCAUCUUCCUGCGUCACAGCAUCGCUAUCACUCAGAUCGACAGAGAGCUGAGGCCAGAGGAAAUUGAAGAGCUGAGAGAAGCAUUUAAAGAGUUUGACAGAGACAAGGAUGGAUUCAUUGGGUACAAGGAGCUGGGCGAGUGCAUGAGGACCAUGGGAUAUAUGCCAACUGAAAUGGAGCUGAUCGAAUUGUCCCAGAAAAUGACAGGGGGUAAAGUUGAUUUUGAGGACUUUGUGGAGCUAAUGGGGCCCAAACUUCUGGCAGAGACAGCUGACAUGAUAGGUGUGAAGGAGCUGCGAGACGCAUUCCGAGAGUUUGAUGCUAAUGGUGAUGGCCGGAUCAGCACACGGGAACUCCGAGAAGCCAUGAGAAAACUUUUGGGACAACAGCUAGCACCACGUGAAGUAGAUGAGAUUUUGAGGGAUGUGGAUGUUAAUGGAGAUGGUCUUGUGGAUUUUGAAGAGUUUGUGCGAAUGAUGUCUCGUUGAAGGAAUUUAUGAUACCCAUCAAAGCAAAAUGUCUACAGCCACAGGGGACACAAGUCUGUUAAAAAUGAAUUUGAAUGCUAUCAUUCUUGUCUACAUGUUUAAUAA